AUGGCAGAGAUUAUGUGUGGUCAGAAUGAAGCCAAGAAACUAAAUUCUGUGCCCUUGUCUGCAAGAGUUGUUAAAGAAAGAGUUUCUAUUUUAGCAAAAAAUGUGAGGCAACAAGUUAUUUCCUCAAUAAAAGAGAGUAAAUACUUUGCUAUUCAGCUAGAUGAGACUACGGAUGUUAGUAGUAAUUCUCAGCUGAUGGUAUAUGUCCGCUACAAAGGUUUACAUUUAAUUGAAGAGGAAUUGUUGUUUUGUUCUCUCGACUUGCGAUCUCGUGGAAUUGAUAUCUUCAAUAAAGUUAAUGAAUACUUUAAUGACGUCAAUUUAAAGUGGGAAGACUGCCUUGCUGUGUCUGUUGAUGGAGCUCCAGCUAUGUUGGGUCAUGUUAAUGGUUUUGCGGCUUUUGUGAGAGAGAGAAAUCCAAAAGUUGAAGUAAACCACUGUAUUAUCCAUUGCCAGGCACUGCUUGUGAAACAUUUGGAACCUACAUUAGAGGCCGUCAUGCAUGAUGUUAUCAAGAUUGUCAAUGUUGUCAAAGGACAUGCACUAAACACGCGAUUAUUUUGUGAAUUAUGUAAAGCUGGUGAUGCUGAAUAUACAGACCUACUUUAUCAUACAGAAGUGAGGUGGCUCUCACAUGGAAAUGUUCUGAACCGAGUGUGGGCUCUCAAAACUGAACUUGAAAGUUUCAUGGUUGAGCAAAAGCAUGUUCUUGCAGAGAAGUUUACAAACCCCUUGUGGGUUGCACAUCUUGCAUAUUUAGCAGAUAUGUUUGAGCAUGUUAAUGUAUUGAACAAAGAAUUGCAAGGAAAAAACAUAAAUAUAAUUUCAGCCAGAGAAAAGAUUUCUGCAUUUGGAUCAAAGCUUUUAUAUUGGAGACAAAAAGUUGAACAGAAAAAGAUAGCUACCUUUUCAAAGUUAGCUUUGUUCUUGGAAGAUUGUGAAAAUAUUACUUUUGAAGACAUCAAGGAUACAGUUAUAAGGCAUCUUACCAAACUCAAAGAGCGGUUCUCUGAUUACUUUCCAGAUCUUGAUUCACAUGCUGUCAGUUGGAUUGUAGACCCCUUUAAAUGUGAAAUUUGUGUUGUACCAGAAGAGCCUCAAGGGUUGGCAGAGUCACUUCUUGAGCUUCGAUGCAAUAAUGAAGCACAGAUUACAUUUGAAAACAAAGCAGAUCUGUCAAAUUUUUGGAUGUCAACACCUGCAACACCUUCAAAAUUGCACAUGAGGAAGCAUUCAAAAAGUUGCUGCCUUUUGCAACAACCUACCUUUGCGAACAAGGAUUUUCCACUCUUACGAACAUAA